CCUGAGUUUCCUUCAACUCUUGCCUUGCUCAGUGUCUCUCAGGGACUCUAAGCCUGCUCUCCCCUGGCGGCCUCGUCUAUCGUGCUGAUCAACUUUUGCACUCAACAAUAACCAAGAGCCAUGGCCCAGCAACAAAACAUCAGCCUGCCCGCCAAACUGAUCAAUGGAGGGAUUGCAGGAAUGGUUGGGGUCACCUGUGUGUUUCCUAUUGACCUGGCCAAAACCCGCCUGCAGAACCAACGCAGCGGUCAGCAACUCUACAAGAACAUGAUGGAUUGCCUUAUUAAGACAGUUAAAUCUGAAGGUUAUUUUGGCAUGUACAGAGGUGCUGCUGUGAAUCUUACCCUGGUAACGCCAGAGAAGGCCAUAAAACUGGCUGCUAAUGACUUUUUUCGCCACCAAUUGAGCAAAGACGGUGGCAGGCUUACUGUUCUCAAGGAGAUGUUGGCGGGAUGUUGUGCUGGAAUGUGCCAGGUCAUUGUCACAACGCCCAUGGAGAUGCUCAAGAUUCAGCUGCAGGAUGCAGGCCGGCUCGCUGCCCAGCAGCGGGUGAUGCCUUCCGUGGUGACAACAAUGAAGAUGGGGGGUACCAGUGCGGUUCUCAGUCGUUCCUAUAACACCUCCCCUGCACCUCAAGUCACGCGUAUGUCUGCGAUACAGAUCACCAAAGAGCUGCUGAGGACCAAGGGUGUCACAGGGUUGUACAGAGGACUAGGGGCCACGCUGAUGAGAGACAUCCCAUUCUCUGUUAUAUAUUUCCCUCUUUUUGCACAUCUGCACCAGCUUGGCCAGCAUUCAUCAGAGGACCCCUCUGUGCCUUUCUAUUGGUCCUUUAUGUCUGGCUGCUUGGCUGGAUCUGUAGCUGCUGUGGCUGUCAGCCCUUGUGACGUGGUCAAAACAAGGCUGCAAUCACUCAAAAAAGGAGCCAAUGAGGAAAUGUACAAUGGAGUAGUGGACUGUGUGAGAAAAAUCCUGAAGAAAGAAGGUCCUGGGGCAUUUCUCAAGGGAGCCAGCUGCCGGGCACUGGUUAUUGCCCCACUCUUUGGGAUUGCCCAGGUUGUGUACUUUGUAGGAGUUGGAGAGUUCCUGCUGGGAUACAGCCCAUACAACAUCUACUCGGCAUAAAGAAGCUGUUUCCAGGCCUUUCUGCAGGCUCAUUAAAUGUUUGGCAGCUAUGCUCCAGGCGUAGCGAUGGACCCAGGUUUCUAUUACUGUGUAAACACUUUUUUCUUGGAGGUUUACUGUGAAAGGCUAAAGGGACCAGAAAAAUGCUGUUCUGUUACAAAUGGUUUCCAAUUAUGCCGUUUGCAUAAUUAUCUCUUAGAAACUUGGCUUGGACAGAAGCUUCAUUAUCUGUGGAGCUUCAGUACAGCUUAGUGCAACAGGAGAGAGCACUUAUAGACUCAGUAGUUCAAUACUGACUCGACCUUUCUCUCUCUUUCUUAGAAUUAGCCCCCCACUCCUAGAUACAAACCAUGUAACAUGCCCUUCACUGUAACCCUAACCUGUGUGCUCCAAUCAGCUGUCUUCUCUCAGCAGCCAGGAAGUGAUGGCUUUUAAUGGUGUUGCAGGGGUAGACAACGGAAUCUGGAUGACCAUUGACACUGUAAUUGCUUCACUUCCAAACUGUUUUACAAGUCUGCUUGUGAGGGGGUCUCGAUCUUAUGUAAAUAUUGUAAAUUGUUUAAAAAUGAAUGAAAUGUUUCAAAAAGUCUGCUGCCACAAGUUGAUACAUCAAUACUGUCCUUGAAUCACCCCACUGGGAAAAUUGUGGAAAAACGGAUAAACGAGUCAAAGCAUGUUCAUUUUUGCCGCUCCAUUGUGAGCCUCAAGCUGAGCUACUUGUUUCUUAACGCUCAGGCUUGAGUUGUGUAGAUAAAUCGCACAGCCCUGGUUUUCUGCAGAUAACAGGAGAGCUACUGCUUGUCAUUGAGGUAAUGUUAUUGGAUCAUGGCAAAAUUAAAACGAUGACAGACAAGACUUUUUCUAUGGGUUCGUUUUUUUUGGGGACCAGGUCUUGCUG